UUUCGGUAGGAGGAUUCGCUGAUCUUAAGUAUCAUCCGUGAUAGGGCCUCAGUGGCGGCCACCCUAUCAAUUUGGAUCUCUAUCUUGCUGUCUCUGAAAUGGAGGCUGAACACCAUCAUGGACUUUCCCUCACCGUACCUCUCAUGCAUGAUGUGGAGCACCCUGAGACAAAGGAUGAAGAGUUACUACAUGAUAGUGGUGGCCAAAACACCAUCAGCACCGCGUCCUUUUCCAUGACAUGUUUCAAUGGACUCAAUGCGUUGUCAGGAGUUGGAAUACUGUCAGUCCCAUAUGCACUAUCAUCAGGGGGAUGGUUAAGCUUGGUACUUCUCUUUAUUCUCGCGGCUGCUGCUUUUUAUUCGGGCUUGUUGAUGCAAAAAUGUAUGGAAAUGGAUCCUGAUAUCAGAACUUAUCCUGAUAUAGGUAACCGCGCAUUUGGAAACAAGGGAAGAAUACUGGUAUCAGUUGUCAUCUACAUAGAACUGUAUCUGGUUGCGACAGGAUUCCUGAUUCUAGAAGGGGAUAACUUACAUAAUUUGUUCCCCAACACGGGAUUUGAAAUGGCAGGGAUAGGAAUUGGAGGAAAACAAAUGUUUGUAAUCAUUGUCGCCCUAAUAAUAUUGCCUUCGGUUUGGUUGGAUAACCUGAGCCUUCUUUCGUAUAUCUCUGCCAGUGGGGUUUUGGCUUCUGUUAUCAUCCUCUGCUCAGUCUUGUGGACUGGUGUAUUUGAUGGGAUUGGGUUUCAUGAAAUGGGGACACCUCUAAAUUGGAAUGGGAUGCCAACAUCUGUUAGCUUAUAUGCCUUCUGUUAUUGUGCGCAUCCGGUCUUCCCUACACUCUAUACUUCUAUGAGAAACAAACGUCAAUUUACCAAUGUCCUGCUCCUGUGCUUCACCUUAUGCACUGUCAGUUAUGCAUCAAUGGCCGUAUUCGGUUACUCAAUGUUUGGGUCAAAAGUGGAAUCACAGAUAACUUUAAACCUCCCAACUGACAAACUUAGCUCAAGAGUGGCAAUAUACACGACAUUGGUCAAUCCCGUAUCCAAAUAUGCAUUGAUGGUCACACCAAUUGUGAAUGUUACCAAAAGUUGGUUUCCAUGUCAAAACAAGAAGAGAAACCUUACCCUCUUAGUCAGUACCUCCCUUGUAAUCAGCACUCUCAUUGUAGCCCUGGUUGUGCCCUUUUUUGCGAAUCUCAUGUCUCUGGUUGGAGCAUUUUUAAGUGUCACAGGUUCGAUUAUACUACCAUGCUUAUGUCAUAUGAGGAUCUCAGGAACUUGUUGGAGAUUAGGAUGUGGAACGGUAGUUUCAUGGGGAAUAAUAUUAAUGGGUGGUGCAGUUGCAAUAGUUGGUACUUAUACAUCUCUCCUACAAAUAAUAGGGCAUCUGCAAGCAGAUGAUUCCUCUUUGUUGAUGGGAAGCAGGGCAUGAUUGCCUUAUUAGAAGCUGCAGCUGUGUUUCAUGUAUUUGCCUUUUAGAAAGGAUUUGAUCUGUACAACUUAUGCAAAGCAGAAAUUAGAUUAUUGUAAUAUUUCGAAUUAAUGGAGCUUCUUUAUUUCUCCUACC